AUGAGGAAGCCCUGUUGUGACAAACAAGGCACCAAAAAGGGAGCUUGGUCCAAGCAAGAAGAUGAAAAGCUUGUUGAUUAUAUACAUAUUCAUGGUGAAUGUUGUUGGUGUUUCUUCCCUAAAGCAGCAGGCCUGCACCAUUGUGGUAAAAGUUACAGGCUAAGAUGGAUAAAUUAAUUAAGACCAGACAGACGCGGUACCUUCACCCAAGACGAAGAGGAGUUAAUCAUCAAACUCCAUGCUCAACUCGGUAACCGAUGGUCACUGAUAGCCGGUAGAUUGCCGGGGAGAACGGAUAAUGAGGUGAAGAACUAUUGGAAUUCUCAUAUAAAGAGAAAGCUGAUAAAAAUGGGGAACGAUCCCAAUCACCACAAGUUGAACCAAUAUUCGGUUCGUCUUCAACCUGAUCAGCUUGUUGUUCCCCCUGACAACGUCUCCAUGAAUGUGGCAUGUAAGCUUAGAAUAUCUUCAACGGACAAUGAUGGUGUCUCGGAUGCUGCAAGUUAUCUCGAAGAUGAAGCACCCGCUGGUGUAUCGAACUUGGAUCUCGAUCUUACAAUCUCAUUUCCUUCGUGUCCUAUCAACAUUAUUGAAGAAAAUCAGCCGAAAACGGCAUCGAUUGUAACAAAUGAUAAAAAAGAACAAAACACAGUGCCUACCCUUCUUCUUUUUAGAUGAGAAA